GCUCCAGUCCUGCAAGCGCACCGCUUGUAGCAGCAGGAAUCCGCGCCGCGAUCCUGCCAUGUCCUGCAAACUCUCGCGAUCAGUUCGGUUCGGGUAAGUCGCAACAAUGAGUGAGCUCGGGGGAAACCCCAACAACACGAGCCAGUGCAGCGAGGAGUUCCUGGGUCCCCAGAGAGACAGCCUCUACAUCGUCGUCCCCAUCAUCGUCGUCUACGUGGUGAUCUUCCUCACGGGCACCAUCGGCAACAUCAGCACCUGCAUCGUGAUCGCGCGGAACAAGUCCAUGCACACCGCCACCAACUACUACCUGUUCAGCCUGGCCAUCUCCGACCUGCUGUUGCUGGUGUCGGGCCUGCCCCAGGAGAUCUACCUGAUCUACUCGCGCUACCCCUACGUGUUCGGGAGCACGUUCUGCUUCCUGCGGGGGAUGUUCGCGGAGACCUCCGCCAACGCCACGGUGCUGACGAUCACCGCCUUCACCGUCGAGCGGUACCUGGCGAUUUGCCACCCCUUCUUGUCGCACACGCUGUCGAAGCUGUCCAGGGCGGUGAAGCUCAUCCUGGUGAUCUGGCUGGUGGCGGUGGGGUCGGCGGUGCCGCAGGCCAUGCAGUUCCAGCUGGUGGGACCCCCGGAUUGUGAGCUGUGCCUUUUUGCCGAACCCAUCAUCGAACACUCGUUUGAAGUGUCCACGUUGUUGUUCUUCGUCCUGCCGAUGAGUUUGAUUACGGUGCUGUAUGUGCUGAUCGGGCAGAAGCUGAAGAGUUCGACGAUGAUGAAGAAGAGGAAUGUGCUGGGGAACACGAACGCGAGGGGGCAGAGCAGGUCGUCGAGGAAGGUGGUGAAGAUGCUGGUCGCCGUCGUCGUGGCUUUUUUCAUCUGCUGGGCCCCUUUCCACGCCCAGCGCCUCUACGCCCUCUACUCCACCUCCUCGAAGCACGACACCGACACCCACACCCUCUACCUGAAAAUCUACGAGAUCGUCACGUACAUAAGCGGCGUCCUCUACUACAUGUCUGCAACGAUAAAUCCAAUUCUGUACAACAUAAUGUCUGUGAAGUUUCGCGAAGCUUUCAAGGAGACGUUUUCCCGUUGCUGCUGCUUCUACCACUUCAAAGCCAGCCGACCACAAAGAUCCUACUCAGUUCUCUCUCGUUCUGCUCAACGCGGCCCUGAUUCUACAGACUCCGGGAGGGACGACCCUACUGUACACUCGCACACCUCCAUUACUCAGAAAACUUCGAUCGACUCGUUCACUGGGCUCAAUAACGGAAUGAGGAGGAACAAAACCUUCUCCACGUUUCGUGCCGGGAUCGAGGAGGAGACACUCCAGAGCCCGUCCUGGACCAAGGAUAUCCACGACAUGUCCAAAUCGGCCGACUCCACCCCCAACAAGUUCAUAUCGAUUCACAUCAAUCCGACGACACCUCCACGCAGUCUUAGCAAGUUCUGGCAGUAUUUUGAGUGCAUAGCUAGACGCACCUUCGACGAUGGGAAGCGACUUUCGGCCUACUAUUCCUCCCCGGUGAAGGAGCCCAGCAUCCUGCUGGAGCUGGACACCACCCCUAAGAAAAGCCAGAGUUGUAGCAGCCCUUGCGACAUCAGUAAUAGCAGUCUGAAAGACGUGGAAAGCGGGGCGAUUGAAGAUGAACUCACCACUUACAUGAAGGAGGUGAGGAGGAGGGAGUGCUGCAGCUAGCGCUGGAAGUACGGGGAGAGAGGGGAGUGGAGACCGUGAUGACUUUGUUGUUAGAUAUGUACUGAGUGAUCUAUUCUUGUAGCGAUUUUUGUUGACUUAUACAGGGUAUGAUGUUUGUUGUUGGGUUGGUCACUCGGUGGGCUUGAUUUUGCCUGUUGACGUUGUGUUAAAUGUGGGAUCUCUUGUAAUGGAAAAUGGUAAGUCUAAGAUGACCAAAUAUUUGCUAAGUGUUCUCCUUCUAUUUGACAGUUUCCAAGCUCUUACCGCUCCUUUUCGGUGCUCAUGUUGUUCUAGUCAAUAUUGUUACGUUGAAUGUAGGUUAGUUGAAUUGUUGAAGCUACCAUCUGUACAUAAUUAAAGUAGGUGUUAGUUUACUUAGGAAGAUUGUAAAAUGUGGGAUCAAGUCCGCACAAACGAGGUAUUUUUUUAUUUUAGUGUUUUGCAUUAGUCUACUUAAUAUUUCUAUGUGAUAAUAAAAUUUAUAUUUGUAUAUCUACUUCGCAUACUUUAUUAAAGUGUUUAUUACGAUUA